UAUUUAUCAUUCGCCCAAUUGUUGGGCGUAGUUGCUGUGUAUGACCUCACUGCAUUUAUAUAUUACUUUGCUUUGGAGACUAAGCAAUCUAUUUAUUAUUAUUAUUUUUUGGGUUAGUAAGAUUUAGGCAACCCUAUAAAUCAGCAAGCAAGUGAUCGAACAAACCUCUGCAUUUGGGACGAGAAGUUGCAAAAUGGACUGCAAGCAUUGUCUACGUUCCUCGCUUUUCUUCAUCUUAUUGUGGUUGCCUUUCACGUUCAAGUUCAUAAGUGUUGUCGAUGCAGCUUCCCCAGUUGUUCGACACCAGACUCUACGAAGAGAAACAUCUGAGGUAUUAGGUGGAACUGGUGUGCCAAGUUGCUCAGCUUGCACCAACGAGACAGGAACGGAUUUGAAUGGAUCCAUCGUCAAGCUGAAGAUUGGAAUUCCAAAGAAAGUUGGAUUCACCGAAUUUGUCAAAGUACACAAAGAUCCUAAAACCAAGAAGACAUGUGCCACUGGGUUUUCCAUAGAAGUGUUCUGUGCCGCAUUACAAUUGUUACCUUUCAAGGUUGAGCCAGUGUUUUACUCAUUUGAGAAGGAAAAUGGAGAAAGUGCUGGGACUUACAAUGAACUUGUUCAUAAUAUAACUGUCAAGCAGUUCGAUGCUGUAGUGGGAGAUUUGACCAUAAUGGCUAACCGGGCAUCAUGGGUUGAUUUUACAAUGUCAUAUGUGGACUCUAGUGUUUAUGUUCUUGUACCUAUUAAACAUGAUACCCGCAAAAACAUAUGGACUUUCCUCCAGCCCUUUAACAGAGAACUUUGGCUGGCAAUUUUCAUGGCUUCCAUUUCUCUUGGAAUUCUAAUCGGAAUUAUAGAGAUGCGUUCAGACGUCACCAACACAGAUUUUGAGGGUCCACUCCUUCAACAACUUGGCAUGAUGAUUUGGUAUCCAGUUUCAAUGUUCGUCCUCCCUGAAAGAAGUAUGGUGAUAAGCAGGUGGUCAAAACUUGUGUUGGUGGUAUGGUUGUAUACAUCAUAUGUAAUUUUGCAGAGUUACACGGCGAACCUGACCACAAUGUUGACAAUAGAUCAGCUACGACCCUUCUUCAAUAAGAAGGGGAAUUACAGUAUUGGAUUCCAAUCUGAAUCAUUUGUGGAAGAUUAUCUAAAACAACAGAACUUCACCCGUCUCAGGUCAUAUUCAACCAUUGAGGAAUAUCACAAGGCCUUGUCUAAUGGAAGUGUUGCUGCCAUUUUUGACGAGCUGCCCUACGUCAAGCUCUUUCUCCGAGAGCAUGGUUCUGAAUACACAGUACUGGAUGGACCAAAACUCAGAACAAAUGGAUUUGGCUUUGCGUUCCCGAUGAACUCUUCGCUAGUCCCUCCAACUUCGAGGGCUAUCAUGAGUGUCACUGACGGAGGAAAAAUGGAUGAGAUUGAGCACAAAUAUUUGGGAAGGAAAGACACUUCAGAAGUUGAAAGUUCACGACUUGCUAAAGAAACUACUUGCCUCGACAUUAAAGAAACUCCGAGCCUUGACGCCUAUAACUUUAUAGGCAUCUUUAUUGUCGCAGGGAUUAUUAGCAUAGCUUCUUUUAUCUGCUCUGAGAUCCAGAGACAGUUUGUUAAAAGAGUGUCUUCUACCAAGAAAAUUAAUGUUGUGGAAGAUCUGCCAAAUAUUGACAAUCAAAAUGAGCUCCAACCUACAACUUCUAAUGAGAAUGUCGAAAUUGUUUAUAUGAGAGAAGAAGGAGAACAAGAAGAUGAAGGUGGAGGAGAACAAGAAGAUGAAGGUGGAGGAGAAGGGCACUCUGCCUAUCAUGGUGUUCUCAACGGUUGAGCUAUAUAUUCCAAAUUGUCAACCUUAAGAUCAUAAAUUGUUGUAAUUUUAGAAUAAAUUUAGUAAAGCUCCUCUUCAAAGUAUGGUUGGGAUACUUUUGUCUUAUUUAAUGUGAAACGGCUAGUUUGUGUUGUAAUUUGGUAAAUGCCUAGUUUUUUUCUUA